AUGCCGCUCUGUUGCGGUGCUACUUUUAUGUUUGCUGUCUGUAAGGGAUUACUUGCAAUACAACUUACAGCUGUAUUCAAGAAUCUGCAUCCACCAUCCUGUGCAAAGGAAAGUAGCACAUGCAUUGGACCAACAGCGGGACAAAUGACGUUUCUAUUUUCUGGGUUUUGCUUACUCUUGAUAGGUGCUGCAGGGAUUCGACCGUGUAAUUUAGCAUUCGGUGUUGAUCAAUUCAAUCCAAAAACAGAAUCAGGAAAGAAAGGAAUCAACAGUUUCUUCAAUUGGUAUUAUUUCACCUUCACUUUUGCUCAGAUGAUUUCUUUGUCAUUGAUUGUGUAUGUACAAUCAAGUGUGAGCUGGGCAAUUGGUCUUGGAAUUCCUGCUGCAUUGAUGUUGUUAGCUUGUGUGUUAUUUUUCAUGGGUGAUAAAUUGUAUGUUAAAGUAAAACCAAGUGGCAGUCCCAUCAAAAGUAUUGUACAAGUUUUAGUGGUUGCAGUCAAGAAAAGGAGAGUUAAACUACCUGCUCAGCAUCCAAUGCUUUCCCUCUUUGAUUAUGUGCCAUCCAAGUGCGAUUAUCCAAAGCUUCCUCACACAUAUCAAUUCAGACGUCUGCUUUCGUAUCCAUCAGGUUGGAUACACACCAAGUGUGGCUUUCCAAGCAUGGAAGAAAGCAUAUUAGAUCAGUUGAAUGAAGAGUUGAAAGAGAAAAUAAAGAAUGAUGUUUAUGACAUGGCUCCUUGGAAAUCUCCAAGUCCAGAUGGAUACCGUGUAGGCUUUUAUCAAAACUCUUGA